AUGGCUACCACAGCCGCUGGCCGCAUGUUGGCCCGCCAGCUCCAGCAUAUGCAGUCCGACAAGGACAUCCCCGGGAUUAGCUGCGGUCUGGUCGACAACAACGUGUUCGAGUGGGAGGUCAUGCUGAUGAUCUCGGACGACGUGAAGUUGUACGGAGGAGGCUUCUUUCGUGCGCAUCUCUCAUUCCCAUCAGAAUACCCCCAUCGACCUCCCAAGAUGAAGUUUGAAACACCCAUUUUCCACCCGAACAUCUACGAUAACGGCGAAGUGUGCAUUUCAAUCCUUCAUCCUCCCGAGGAAGAUAAGUACGGGUACGAGUCUGCGGCCGAACGCUGGUCACCCGUGCAAACGCCCGAGACGAUCCUGCUAUCUGUGAUAUCGAUGCUGUCCAGCCCCAACGAUGAGAGCCCGGCCAACGUCGAGGCCGCCCGUCUGUGGCGAGAGGACCCCGCUGAGUUCAAGAAGAGAGUGCGGAAAUGUGUGCGCGACAGCCAGGGGGAUUUCUAA